GCUCCUGCCGCAGAACCGGCCGCUGCCGAUGCGCUCUGACCGCGGAAAGCACGGAUUAGCCCGGCUGCCGCUGGGCUCUCGUUCCCUCCGGACUCUGCCGAUGCCUAGGUGACACGUCUCGGCGUCUCCUCCGUGGUUUGCCCUGGAAGAAUUUACCUUCAGCAGCGUGUCGGUGUCCUUUCUUCCCUCAGUUUUACAAAGGCUGCACUUACAAUGACGACAGCAGCGGAGCGGAAGUUUGUUAACCUCAGGAAAUGUCUGGAUCAGCUGGGCUACCGGCAGCCCUUGGGAGUGGAGAGUUUACCUUUGGUGGAAAAGCUUUUUAGUGACCUUGUUCAUACAACAGAGAGCCUGCGCAGUGCAAAGUUAUCUGCUGGAAAAAUUGAAAAAGAAUGCAGCAAUUAUGAUGCUAUUAUAGAACCGUAUAAAACUGAGAAUGCAAAACUUACCAGGGAAAAUAAUGAGCUGCAUUUGGAAAUAUUAAAACUGAAGGAGCAAUCUGAUCGUCAUAUCAAAGACUUGAAAGCCAGCUUAAGGAGUGUUGAAAAUGAAGCAGUUGACUUGAGAUUCCUGAAUAACCAGUAUGUGCAUAAAAUUAAACUGCUGGAAAAAGAGAGCAAAGCCAAGACUGAAAAAAUUCAGCAGCUUCAAGAGAAGAAUCUGCAAGCAGUUGUGCAAACUCCUGGUGGCAGAAAAAGAAACAUCCCAUUCAGGCGUCAACGCAUGCAGAUAGACCAGCCUGUCCCACCAUCAGCUGUUAGUGCCUACCCAGUGCCUCAGCCAGAGGACCCGUAUGUUGCAGACCUUCUUCAGGUGGCUGAUAAUCGAAUACAAGAACUUCAGUCAGAAGUGACACAGUUACAGGAAAAACUAGAGAUAUCAGAAAACGGAAAGAAGAAUUACAGCAAGCAGGUUGAGCUUAGAGACAAAGAAAUAGAACGCCUAAUGCUAGCAUUGGAUGGUGGUCGUUCUCAUGAAGUUGUAUCUCUGGAAUCAAGAAGUAAAAGUAAUGAGAAACUUAUUGCUCAAUUAAAUUUGCAGGUUGAAUAUCUUCAGCAAUCAAACAAAGAACUUGAAAAUCGCAUUCAAGACCUGUUGGACACAAAAAAAAAUGUGACUAGUGAGGUAGUGCACUUAAGCAAUAAAAAUGAAGAACUCUGUCAAGAACUGAAUGAAAUAGACCAUUUGGCACAGCAGUUGGAGAGACAUAAGGAAAUUGUGCUUGAAACUGCAGAUAAAGAAAUAGGAGAAGCAAAGAAGGAAAUUGAAAGAAAGGACAAUGAAAUACAGGAUCUUGAAGACACAAUAACGAGGCUUAAAUCAGAGCUGUGCUCAUGUCGUCGUCAGAAUGAGAGAUUGAGUGAAGAACUCUUUGGAAAAGCAGAUGAUAAAGCGAAUCUCGAACUACUGCUAAACCAGCUUGAACAAGAGAAACAGAGGCUGACAGAAAAAACAGAGAACUUUGAAAUAAAAGAACGGGAACUUGUCCUAGAAAUAGAAAGAAUGAGAUUAGAAUACGGUAUAGCUCUAGGAGACAAAUCUCCAUCUCGUCUAGAUGCAUUUGUCAAAACUUUAGAAGAUGACAGAGAUUAUUAUAAAAGAGAAUUAGAGUAUCUUCAAAAAAUGAUAAAACGAAGACCUAGCCCAAGUCGUAGGACUCCAGAGAAGAGUGAAGAUCUGAGAUUGAUUACCAGAGAAAGAGAUGAGCUACAGUCCAUGUUAGACAGAUUUGAAAAGCAUAUGAUAGAAAUUCAAUCCAGCGUCAAGCUACUGACUGCAGAAAGAGACAGAUUGAAUAUUCUUUAUGAGCAGUCUCAGAGUGAAUUAAACAGGCUGAGAAGAGAAGCAAAGCAUCAUUUAGUUUCUCAAAGUCACGUGGGAGAAGAUGGAGAUGUAGCACUGGCAGACUUUAGAAGACUGAUGACAGAAAAGGAAAGUCUAAGAGAAAAGUUAAAGAUUCAGCAAGAAGCGGCUAACCUUGAAAAAUCAAAGAUGCAGCAUGAUAUUUCAGAACUGGAAAAUAAUAUUCAACAAUUUGAGUUGGAAAGGUGCGAACUAAAGAGUACAAUCUCUAUCCUGAAAGAAAGAAUAAAGUCUUUGGAAAAUGAAUUAAAAUUGAAGUCCAAUAAACUUAUGCAGACAUCUGAUGAUUCUUCUCAAUUUAAGGCUGAACUUUGCUCACUUCACCUCCUAAAUGAACAACUCCAGAGAACUGUGGAAGACUUACAGCACCGGUUGUCUCUCAAAAAGGAUGAACUUCAGUCAGCUCAAGAAGAAAUUGUAAAGCUAGAGGAGAAAAUAGAUAGGUUAAACCAGAAGAGCACUUCACAGGAUGAGGCAGUCAAUGUGCUUAGAAGUACUAUUACUGUUUUGGACAAAGAAAAGGAUAAUCUUCAAGAAACCGUAGAUGAAAAAACAGAAAGAAUUGCGUGCUUAGACGACAACUUAGCUAAUAAGGAAAAGACAAUUACUCACUUACGGCUAACGCUCUCUGAGCUGGAGUCGUCAACAGACCAGCUGAAGGACCUCUUGAGCAGCAGAGACCGUGAGAUAUCUAGCUUGCGUCGCCAACUUGAUGCAUCCCACACAGAGAUUGCAGAAACAGGAAGAGUAAAGGAAAUAGCUCUGAAAGAAAAUAGACGACUACAAGAUGAUCUGGCUACAAUGACCAGAGAAAACCAGGCUGUUAGUUCUGAGCUUCAAGAUGCAAUACGUGAAAAGGAAGAAAUGAAAACAAGAGUGCAUAAUUAUAUAACUGAAGUUUCCAGAUUUGAGAGUCUGAUAGCUUCAAAGGAAAAAGAAAACCAAGAAUUGUUAGAGAAGUUCCGAAUGCUUCAUACACAAGCUGAGGACUGGGAAAUCAAGGCUCAUCAAGCUGAAGGGGAAAGCAGCUCAAUACGGCUUGAACUCCUUUCUGUAGAUACGGAUCGGAGACAUCUUCGAGAGAGAGUAGAACUUCUGGAAAAAGAGAUUCAAGAGCAUAUGAUUGCACAUCAAGCUUAUGAAUCUCAGAUCUCCUCCAUUACAAAAAAUAUGUCUAAAUUGGAAGAGGACAUUAAACGUGAACAUCAGGAUAAGUCCUCUGUGUUGGCUGACCUGACUUCUGUGAGAGAACUUUGUGUUAAACUUGAAGCUAGCAAAGACCUUUUAUCUCGACAGCUUGCAUCUAAAAGCAUGGAUUAUGAAAGGGUUCUAAGUGAAUUAGAAGAUGUUAAAUCAGAAGCAGAGUUGCUGAAAAAGCAGUUAUCCAGUGAGAGACUUACAAUUCAGAAUCUUGAAACAUUGCUGGCUACCAGUAGAGAUAAAGAAUUUCAGAACCAUUUAACGUCUCAUGAAAAAGACUCAGAAAUUCAGUUACUGAAAGACAAGCUAACACUUGCUGAGGGGAAACUUGCAAUCACUAAAAUCCUUUCCUCCGAGAUCAAGGGAAGUGGUCCUUCCCCUCUUCACAGCACUGGUGAGGUCCCACCUGGGGCUUUGUGUCCAGUUCUGGGCUCCCCAGUACAAGAGUGAUAUGGACUUAAUGGAUUGAGUCCAAUGAAGGGCCAUGAAGAUGUUUAAGGUACUGGAGCAUCUCUCCUAUGAGGAAAAGGCUGGGAGAGCUCAGGCUGCUUAUCUUGGAGACCAGAAGGCUCUGGAGAGAUCUAUCAAUGUAUGUAAAUAACUGAACAGGAGGGAAGACAGAGCCAGUGUCUGUUCUGUGGUGCCCAGUGACAGGGACGAUGGGCAAUGAGCACCAGUGGGAACACGAGAUUCCUUCUAAGCGAGCACUUUUUGACUCUGCCAUUGCACAGAGAGCUUGGGGAGUCUCCCUCUUUGGAGACAGUCAAAAGCCAAAAGAACUGAAACCAAUACCUACAGUGAAUGUGGACAGCACUUUCAUUAUAACUCUUUAUGUAAAAUUUCAGUAACCUAAGUUUUGAAGUUUUCAUUUUAGGUCUCAUCAUAACAUGGUAACACCAUUUAUUCUUGUGGGGAUCAUUAACCAGUGAUUGUAGUGGUAACUUUGCACUGAAUAGCAAGAUGCUGAAAUAGCAGCUGAGUGUAGAUGAAGAUGAAGCCUGAAGUCAAACUAAAUUUCAGAAAAGAAUAAAAGAACAUUGCAGUAGGUUGAGAAGGGAAACAUGCAGAAAGUAAAAGGACAGAUAAUGCUUCCCUAUUACAAGAAGUAGAAUAUAACAUACCUGAACUGUUAAAAGCUAUGUGUGAUGACACAAAUGUCAAGAAAAUCACUUCGGAUUGAUGUGUGUAAAGGCUUACUACUGACAAUUGAUGCCAUACAUCAAAUAAUGAUGAUCUCAGUAAAGGUGUAGAGGGUGAUGGUAUCGAUCACUUCUGUGCAUCUCAUUGCUUCAUGUUUUAGAUUUGCUGAAUUUUGUUUA